GCGCCGCUCGACACGUGAGCCUCAUGUGACGGCGCUGGGUCAGACUGAGCGGACAGACUGCAGACACUUUAGUCCUCCUCGAAGUCUCUCUCUUCCUGGGUCGCCGCAAUAUAAUGAAACGCUGAAUUUCCGGGCUUGACGGAUUUUUGUUAUUGAAGGGAUAUACUUUUUGGGUAACUUUGCCCCCUCACACUUACUAAACUACAUUUAGCCCCUUUAAGUAUGGAGCGAAUUCCAAGCGGGCAACCUCCUCCACUGUCCAAACAUCACAGCGACCUACCGGACAUGCACAGCAUGGACUUCCCCAUGUACGCGUACAAACCCCGGCGUGGAAUGAAACGAGGCGAGGAAAGCAAGGAUACGUACAAGCUUCCUCAUCGGCUCAUCGAGAAGAAAAGACGAGAUCGGAUAAACGAGUGCAUCGCUCAAUUGAAGGAUUUACUUCCCGAACACCUCAAACUUACAACUUUGGGUCAUCUGGAGAAGGCGGUGGUUUUGGAGCUCACGCUGAAGCACGUGAAGACGCUCAGCACGCUGCUGGAGCAGCAGCAGCAGAAGAUCCUGGCCCUGCAGAGCGGCAUGGAUAUCGAGCAGCCUCUGGUCGGACAGGAGAAGUCCGAGGAGAUGUUCCGCUCCGGCUUCCACAUGUGCGCCAAGGAGAUCCUCCAGUAUCUUGCAAGUCGCGAGAGUAACGGCGAUUUUGCGUCGUCCCACGUCAUCAACCACCUUCAUAAGUUGGCCGCCGAUGUGCUCCAACAGAGUCCAAAGCGCCCCCGUUCACCCACCAGCCCUUCACCCCAGGAGACCCCCGCUUACAGCCAGCACCAAACCUACAAGGAGGCGCCCGCCAGCUCGCCACCGAAACCCAGCGAGGGCUACGGGAGGGUACCCGUCAUCCAGCGGGCGCACGCUUCUCUGAGCAGCGAGCAGAGCGGCAGCGACACGGAUACGGACAGCGGCUAUGGUGGCGAGCUGGAGAAGAACGAGUGCGGCGCCCCUCAGAGGCGGCCGGACUACUACGGCCAGGAGGGCAAGCUAAUGAAGCGCGGCGCUGAGAGGCAGAGCUCCGGCGUCAAGCGGGAAGACGACGAGCCGCGGCACAAGCGAGCCCGGGCGGAGUCGUCCGAGGACGAGCUGCUCUCGGGCGGCGAGUCGUCCUCCUCCUCCAGCGGCUACGGCAGCUACAUGAGCGUGUCCCCCAACCAUCCGCCACCGCCCCCGCAUCCCCUCUGCAUGCCAUUUUACCUCAUCCCGCCCUCCGCCGCCGCCUACCUGCCCAUGCUGGAGAAAUGCUGGUACCCCGGGAGCUUGCCCAUGAUGUACACGGGCAUCGGGGGCUCCGCCAGCGCCGCCCUUGACGACAGGCCGCCCCCAUCAGCUGCCUCUCCCAGGGGAAGCUCUCCAGCCCCGGCCGUAAUCCAGACGCCCAUGGACUCCCCCGCCCUCCUUCAGGCGCUCAAACAGGUACCGCCCCUCAACCUGGAGACCAAAGACUAAAAACACUCCGUCCUGAAGUGCAUCCAUCACUUCGCUCUUCAUCCCGGAAUGUAGAAAGCAUCAAGCGAGGAACUGGAGUACCGGCGUCUGAACAGUUGAAUGUCAAAUGGACCUUGCUCCACACACACACACACACACACACACACACACACACACACACUCUUGUAUUUGUUACCUUCUCGAGACCUCCGAAAAAUACCUCUUUAGCACCACCCUUUCUAGAUAUAUAAAGAUUUGUAUUUACAACAUUAAUAAUAUAUACAUACUGUGCAAAUAUAAGAAAGCUUGUUGUGAAAAAUUAGUUGGAAUUUCACAAGAAAAACUUAAAAUUUUGGCAGUAUUAUAAUAAAAGUCCUAAUUUUACUCAACACUAGUCAGAAUUUUACAAGAAAAACUGAACAUUUGUGCCAUGUUACGAUAAAAGUUGGAAUUUUACUCAAUAACAGUCGCGAUUUUACAAGAAAAGCUUAAAAUGUUGGAAACUAUGAAAAGAGUCGUGAUUUUACUCGAUAAAAGUGACAAUUUUAUAAGGAAACUUUAACAUUUUGCCAAUACUAUAAUAAAAAUCGGAAGUUUUAAUUGGCAAAAUUAUGACAGUCAUCAUUUUACUCUAAAUGUCACUAUUUUACAAGAACCACAAAACAAUUGGCAAUGUCGUGACAAAAGUCAGAAUUUUAUAUGAAAAAUGUCACCAUUUUGCAUCAAAAAGUAAUAGUUUGAUGAGAAAACAUUGCAAUAUUACAGAAACAAUUUUAUAAGAAAAAAGUUGACACAUUGUGAGAAAAAGACUGCUUUUUUUUAAUUCUUUGUUUGUAAUUGGUUUUUAAUCGUCAUUAUUUACUUCAAGUUAUUACAGUAUGUCUCGCUAUACAAAUUUAUUUUAUGUUUUUUAUUAAUUUGGGCCAAAGGAAGGCAACUUUAAAUUUCUCACACACACACGUGUUAUUACAUAUGCUGACCAGAGGGGGAGCACUUUUAAAACCGACACACAAGCAGUUUGAUAGAUUCUCUGUUAGAUGCUAUAGUUUUCCGUAUUGGGACCAUGAUUUCGGUCCUAACUUGUUCACCGGUCCUCUUAUACUUUCCCUAAUUGAUGACUCAAGGAGGGUAGAAAUACAAGAACACACACACACUUGCUUGAAUGUAAAGAAAGACGUUGCUGCUGUUGACAGAAAAAAAAAAACACCCAACACUGACGAAUUUCACUCGUAGCUUUUGUGGAGGGGAAAAAAGGA